GCCUGGCCACUGGUUGCAGUGGGAGCGGCGAUGUGAGUCUCGCGAGAUGCGUUUGCGGUUGGAGGCGGCGGAGGCACGGGCCUGGUCUGUGUGCCCGGGACUGAGCGGCGGGACACUGGAGGAGGAGGAGGCGGCGCAGAGGGACGGAGGUAGUGGCUGGGCCGCACUCCGCCGUCACCAUGGAAACCGAGCUGCAGAAACGCAGUGAAAACAAGAAGCCGCUGAGGGUGAAGGUGAUCAGUUUGGGGAGUGCCGAGGUGGGCAAGAGUUGUAUAAUUAAACGAUACUGUGAGAAGAGGUUUGUCCCAAAAUAUUUGGCAACUAUUGGAAUUGACUAUGGAGUGACAAAAGUGCAGGUGAGGGAUCGAGAGAUUAAAGUUAACAUCUUUGAUAUGGCAGGUCAUCCUUUCUUCUAUGAGGUGCGCAAUGAAUUUUACAAAGACACUCAAGGAGUGAUCCUUGUUUAUGAUGUUGGCCUGAAGGAUUCCUUCGAUGCACUGGAGGGCUGGCUUACUGAAAUGAAGCAGGAAUUGGGACCUCAUGGGAACAUGGAGAACAUUGUGUUCAUUGUCUGUGCUAAUAAGGUUGACUGUGGGAAGCGGCGUGUGAUCGAUGAGAGUGAGGGACGGCUUUGGGCAGAGAGCCGAGGGUUCCAAUACUUCGAAACAUCGGCGCAGUCUGGAGAGGGCAUUAAUGAGAUGUUCCAGGCAUUCUUCUCAUCAAUUCUGGAUUUGUGUGAGAAUGGUAAACGGCCUCAGUCCAGUGUGAGCUUAGGGUUUACGAAGGAGCAGGCAGACACCAUCCGCAGGAUACGUAACAGCAAGGAUAGUUGGGAAAUGCUGGGAAUGAAGCCUGGAGCCUCCAGGGAUGAAGUAAACAAAGCCUAUCGGAAAAUGGCCAUGCUGCUUCAUCCAGACAAGUGCCUCGCGCCAGGGAGUGAAGAUGCCUUCAAAGCUGUCGUCAAUGCACGAACUGUGUUGCUGAAAAACAUCAAGUAGAAGAGGGGAGUACCAUCAAGGUCCACUUUGACUCUGACAUUAGAGAUGAAAUUGUCCUCUGUCCAAACAGAGUAUUACACCAUCUGCAAUUCAGAUCUUGGUGGAAAUAAGGAUUCAGAAAAUGUGACUUAACAAUUGGAUGUAUGUUGCAGGAUUAAUAAACCUGAACAUUAAAAUUUGGUGUAAUUCUUACACUUGUUGAUAUAAUCUUGCUCAUUCCAAACACUAUGUAAAAGAAGGCAAGCUGCAGCAAUGUCGUUUAAAGGGAAAGAAGUUCAGAGAUGGUAGGCCACGUGUGAAGAGUAUUAAACAGGUCCACUGUUGAGGGAGGUAUGUAUUCCACGUUGAGAGAUGGAGGAUGAAAGGAAAUUGAGAUGUGCUGAAUGUGAGACCUUCAAGAAGCACAGAUGAGCAUUGGAAUAAUAUUGUAUUACUUCUCACCCACUUCGCAUGUUAUCCUAUUUCAGGUGUCCUAUUUAACAGCUCCUUCCUUUAGUACACAAAGCUUCACUUCUUCUGUUCAAAGAGCCUCAACACUAUGUUUGUCUAGGUUUCAGCUUGUGGGUGCUUCUCAGCAUGCUGCAGUAACAGGUCUUAAUUUGUAUCAUACGUGCUGCUCAUAAUGGAAGACCAGAUGAGUUUUCUUGCGGUCUUCCACAUGAUUUUAUUUUCAGAAAAUCAUCUUGGUGGGCAAUCACUGAGGCUAACCUAUGGUAUUUGGAGCGUAUCCACAACCAUCCGAAACUGAUACCUGCUGCAGGUUGUAAAAUCAAGUGUCACAAACCCUAUUUUUUACAACUGUCUUGAAUGAAGUUUGAGCCUUUCACCACUGGGCUGUUGGUCACUCAAUGUUUGCUGAAGGGCUCAUCAUCUUUCAUUUCUGAUCUGCUGGUUUAUGCCUUAGUAUUUUCUGAAAAUUGAUUGUAUUGACUUAGGCGAUGUUCCUGCUUUGUCUUUAUUUUAUUUCUGAAAGUACAUGGUGUUAUUGACUCUUGUUAAGGUGACACACCUCACCUGCCAAGCAGGUGUGUUUGAUUCUGUCACCCUGUUAGGCAACAUUGUCCAAGUGGCUUGAGUGAAGCAUUGGUGUUCUGUCCCACUUGUUAUUUAUAUCCCUCGGUUUGCUAGGGUGGUUGGCAUCACUUCCAGUUCUGUUUUUCAGUGGUCUGUAUAUCAAGGCCAGUUCGUUGUGUUUGUUGAUGGAGUUCUGGUUGGAAUGCCAGGCCUACAGGAAUUCCCUGGCAUGUCUCUGUUUGGUUUGUGCUAUUAUGGAUGUGUUGUCCCAGUUGAAUUUGUGUCCUUCUUUGUCUGUGUGUAUUGACAACACUGAGAAUUGAUCAUGUCUCUUGGAGGCUAGCUGGUGUUCAUGUAUCCUUUUUGUCAGUUUUCUUCCAGUUUGGCCUAUGUAAUGUUUCUCACAGUCCUUGCGUGGUAUUUCAGCACUUCAACUUCUAAGGUCCUCCUCACUCUGAAUAAGUCAUGCAUAUAGCUCUUCUAGAUGAAGAAGGGUCCUGACCCAAAACGUCAAGCUUUCCUGCUCCUCUGAUGCUGCUUGGCCGCUGUGAUCAUCCAGCUUCACAGCAUGGGAGGAAGCCCAGCUCGUCCCCUCCCCCCACUGCAUCCCAAAACCAGCCCAGUCUGUCCCCGCUUCCCUAACCUGUUCUUCCUCUCACCCAUCACUUCCUCUCACUUCAAGCCGCACCUCCAUUUCCUACCUACUAACCUCAUCCCGCCUCCUUGACCUGUCCGUCUUCCCUGGACUGACCUAUCCCCUCCCUACCUCCCCACCUAUACGCUCCUCUCCACCUAUCAUCUUUUCUCUCCAUUUUCGGUCCGCCUCCCCCUCUCUCCCUAUUUAUUCCAGAACCCUCACCCCAUCCCGCUUUUCUGAUGAAGGGUCUAGGCCCGAAACAUCAGCUUUUGUGCUCUUGAGAUGCUGCUUGGCCUGCUGUGUUCAUCCAGCCCCACACUUUGUUAUCAGGGAUGUUGAUAGUGCAGGUUAAGUGAAGGGAAUGUGAGAAUGGCAGAACAAUGUUGUGUCUACCUGCCAAACUUUAAAGAAUAGAUGGAACAUUGGAGUAAGGGGAGGGGAGAAACAACAUGGUGACAGAGAAUGUGACAAGUAAAGCUGAAAGAAAGGGAAGAAAUGGGAGUGAGUUCACAAUCUGAGAGUCUUGAACUCAAUAAUAAGUCCAGAAGGUUGGAAAAGUUGUCUGUGGAUGGAGAUCUUAUUUUAGACUAAGAUGGUGGAGGCGUAGGAUGCUCCAGCUAGAACUCAUUCACUCUGCCUGCUCUUCUUUUCUUCUUUCUCUUCUCAUUUUCUUCCUCCUGGUUUAUUUUUCCUUCUUCUUCUCCUUAUUUUCUUCCCUACGACUCCCAGCCUUCAACAACAAUUCCCAGCUUCCAUUGACGUCAGGCAAGGAGCGAUAACCCCCAGCCUCCAGUAAAUGAUAAUUCCCUGCAUCUGGUGAAGACUCCUGACCUGGCACAGUGGCCUGCCAUAGUGGUCUCUGGGCAUGGUGUGGUGUCCUCCUGGCCUACUGCAAUGGCCUCCUGGCAUGGCAUGUCAACCUUUCGGCCUCCCACAGUGGCUUCCUUGCCUUGGCGUGGGGACCUCCCAGUGCGGUGUAGCAAGGUGACCUCCUGGCCUGGCACAGCAGCCUACUCCCAUAGGGGCUUCCUGGAAUGGUGUGACAACCAACCAGCUUCUUGUCGCGGUCACCUGGCAUAGUGUGUCGCUGGUGGGGUGUGGAGGCAGGGCCCAGUGCUGACAGGAAGCUAAGUGUCAGUGUGAUCUGCUAUACUGAACUCUUUUCUGUAAUGCUGAAUAUUUUGUUUCAGUAACAAAUCUAGUAAUGAAAGAAGCUGUGCCGAUGUACUUUCAUAUCUAAGUCAGUGCUGUAGUUGGUGAUGUAUAAACUUUUCACUACACUCAUUGAAUAAGUGUGACAAUAAAGGGUAUUCUAUUCGA